UGUAAUGUCUGGCAGCCAUCUUUUUUAUUUUUUUCAUAACAUUUUAAAUCGUUGAUAAAAGUCAAUUUGCAGAGAACCUGCUCCUAUGCACACCCCUGUAUGGAAAGGCUCCUAACAGCACCCCAGUGCAGAAAAAAUUAGGACCCGCCUCUGCUUAAAAGCUGUUUUCUACGUGCCAAGUGUUUCUCAACAGUACCCUUUGACCGCAAAGCAUAUUUUGGCCAUUUUGGACAUGUCGCUUUUUUUGGUUCAAAUCAACUCUAUGUUAAUAAACAUGGUUUGUAGUUAAAGUAUUUAUGAGUGUAUGAACAGGCCUCAUGCUAACUUUAUAUGGCUAUCCGAUGCUAUAUAUCUUGCACUUCUAUUUUUGGAUACAAUGUCACUAUUGAUCAAGUCGAUGCACAAAAAGGAUCUAGACACUUUUACGAUAGAAAAGGUACACUCAUUUCAAGAAAUAAAAUAUUCUUUACAUGAUAUGAUGAAAUCAAUGGCAUCCUUACCUGAAAAGAAUGUAUGCCUUAUGAAAAGCGUCUUUACUUGUUGCGGUUAUGUUAACACCAUUGUGUUUUUAAACUAUUGAGCUCUCAAGAGACUUAUAGUGUACGUAACUGUCAUUACCUAAAGUGCAAUAGCUAUCCAAAGAUCAAUUUGAAUGAGCAAUCAUACCUGGGUUUAGUUGUAUGGUCAAUUGAGUCUAAAAAAAAUCUUAAAUUUGGGAAAAAAUUUCACUGAAAAGGUACUGCAACCGAAACUUACAAAAAAAA